AACCGCAUUCCUUCGAUGCUCAACGAAUGGGACGUUGAUAUGUUCUUCUUCAUGCCUUUCCAGAACUCGCUGGCCACUAAAAGUUUCUCCUCGACCAUCAAAGUCCGGAUGUGGGAAAAAGCGAGAACGUUGAUCAACCAAGUCAAUCAAACUGUAAAUCGAUUAAAGAAAUUUAUAGACAAGGAUUACUUGGAUGCCACCAGGGAGCAGCCCGGAGUCCACUCGCUGCCCCAGGGGAUAGAGUACUACGAAGCCUGCCUCAAGUGGUACCUGGGAUACGAUGUCACGGCCAAUGAGGUGUUUGAACUGGGUGUCAAAGAAGUGGCUCGGAUUGAGAAGAAGAUUAAAGAGGUGAUGUCCAGUGUUGGGUUCGAUGGCGACCUCAAAUCAUUCUUUAAAUUUGUAGAAAACAUUCCGAAAUUUUACAACCAUACUAAGGAACAAAUCUUGGAGAAGUACCGCGCCAUGUUGGAUGAUCAGAUAAUCCCUCGCUUGGAGAGUAUGUUCUACAACGUUUCCAUAGCACCAGUCACAAUUGUUCCCGUGGAGAGGGACGGUCCGUGGGGAUCGUACGGCCUCAGUAUGUUUUAUGUGAAUCUAAAGGAGCCGAAGAAAAGGUCGACCUUCACCAUGAUGCCCUUGACCCUGCAUGAAGCAUAUCCGGGUCACCACUUCCAAGACUUGUACUCCCAGCAUUUCGACAUCCCCUUGUAUAGGGCCCAACCGUUAAAUGGCCGCCUGUACAGCGUGCCCUUUCAUUUUCCUGUCUACAGUGCCUACGCGGAGGGUUGGGCAUUGUACGCCGAGUUCUUAGGCCAUGAACUUGGCCUAUAUCAGGAGCCCUUUGACCUUUUUGGUCGCUACGUGUCGGAAAUAUUUCGAGCGUGUCGUCUGGUCGUUGAUACAGGUAUCCACGCAUUUGGGUGGUCCAGAGAGCGCGCUGUGGAGUUUCUCAGUGGCUACAGUGAUUUCCCCCUCAGCCAAAUCUCGGCAGAAGUGGACCGUUACAUAACCGCGCCUGGCCAGGCCUGCGCUUACAAGAUUGGGGAGAUCAAGAUUAAAAACUUGAGGGAGAAGGCAGAGAAAGCUUUGGGAUCCCUGUUUGACCUAAAAGAGUUUCACCACCAGAUCCUGAAAGUUGGCUACGUCCCUCUGAACAUUCUUGAAGAAGUUGUUGAUGACUGGAUCAAAUCCAAACUGACCUCUGACUCCUCAGUGACGUCAGAUUACUUCAGUGACUUAACUAGCCCCAAGGGAGGACAGUCUGUCCUUGCAAUGUCCUGGUGUUUGAUCGUACUCUGUGUUAUUGUAUUUUUAAAUGGAGAAGUAGGAAUUGUUAGGUAG